AUGUGUUUGAUUUCUGUUGCAAAAAAUUUAACACCAGAAGGUGGCUACUCAAAAAGCCAAACUGUUUCGGAGAUCCCAGAGAGCUCAAUGGAAUCAGCCAUACGUCAAUUACUAUUGUCGUCUGAGUCCCUACGAUUCGAAAUCAACCCCUCUCUAUUGAAGGAGAAUAAGGAAGAAGGAAAACAACCACUUUCAAUUUUAGUAACAACGCCAACGUUAUCUAGAUUUCUUCAACAUUUGAUUGAAACCAAGAGCCUCAUAAGCCAACCAGAUUUGAAUGAUAAUUUGGUAAUAGAGAAGCACAUGGGGUGUCCUUACUGGGAUCUCAAUUUUACCUCGAAAUACACCGUUGAAGUCUUACAACUACUCGUCCAGAUUCAGUUUACAAAUCACGAAAAUCUUCAAAUUAGAGGUUCAUUGACUCAAUGCUUCAAACUAGGUGGGUCUUUCAAUAAUGGUGUUAUAAUUCUACAUCAAUCAAGCAUUACUGAUGAUUUGUUACAAAUGGUGGUUGCAUGUGAUAAAAUUGAACUGAUUAUCUAUACACCACAAAUUACAACAAUGGGUGAAAUUUCAAAUUGCAACAAUCAAAAAAUUGAAUUUUCAGAUAGAUAUUCAAACCAAGGUCAAGGCCUGUGUAAUACGAUGACACUGGUUUCAAUUACAUUAUCUUUUAAUCGACGUGAAAUUAAACAAAUUUUGGGAAUUGGUGGAGCAAAAUUGGAUUCCAUACGCAUACAACUGAAAUGCUGGAUUCAUAUUGAUCUGACUCCCUUUGAACAAUACAUAGAUGGGAACUUGAGAUUUGUUAGUAAAAAUAAUACCAAGCAAGAUAUCACUGUCAAUGGAUUGAAACAGAAUGUUGAUAUUGCUAUUAGUGAGAUUUACAACUGUGUGGAACAAAAUAGAAGUAUUUAA